CUCCCGGAGCCUGGCCCGCCUUCCCUUUCUCGCCGCCGGGCUGCUGUGUCUCGUCGGUCCCCCUCCUCCUCCGCCCCGCUGUCCUGAUUGUCUUUCCCUCCUUCCCUCAGAGGAUGUCCUCCUUCCAGCUCAACCUCAACCCGCUCAAGGAGCCGCUCGGCUUCAUCAAAGUCCUCGAGUGGAUUGCUUCUAUCUUUGCUUUUGCCACCUGUGGAGGUUUUAAGGGCAAAACAGAAAUUCUAGUGACUUGUCCUCAAGCUUCUGACAAUAAAACAAUUAUAGCUACUUUUGGUUAUCCAUUCAGGUUGAAUCAAGCAUCAUUUCAGGCAUUUUCACAUGUUAAUGUGUGUGAUAUAAAUUGGAAAAGUUAUGUCCUUAUUGGAGAUUACUCUUCUUCUGCACAAUUCUAUGUUACAUUUGCAGUCUUUGUCUUCCUUUACUGCAUUGCUGCUCUUCUGCUCUAUGUUGGUUACACAAACCUGUAUCGGGAUAGUCGAAAACUUCCCAUGAUUGACUUCAUUGUUACUCUUGUUGCCACUUUUUUGUGGUUGGUUAGCACUUCGGCUUGGGCUAAAGCUCUUACGGACAUUAAAAUAGCUACUGGUCACAGAAUUAUCCAAGAACUUGUGCCCUGUAAUCAAGAAGUGAAGUGUUAUUUUGGCUCUGUGACUAGUAUGGGAUCCCUAAACGUAUCUGUGAUCUUCGGCUUUCUGAAUAUGAUACUUUGGGGAGGAAAUGCAUGGUUUGUGUAUAAGGAGACCACCUUACACAGUCCAUCAAAUACUUCUGCUUCCCAUGGCCAAGGAGGUAUUCCACCUCCUACUGGAAUAUAAUUAAAGGGUGAAGUACACUGUUGAAAUAUAUAUCUAUACUAUGACCUGUUGCCAACAUCUUGAGAAGCAUUAUUUGUUUCCAAUAAAAGUAAUGGCUUUUUCAACAAAUUGGUGGGUUUAAAAUUUUGCUGCUUUUUUACAUAAAGCUUGUGUCUUUCCUAGAAAUUUAAGAUGUAAAUGUAUUCUCACUUGUAAAUUUGAAAAUUCAGGGGCCUAUUAUGAGAUGAUACACAUUUUUAAAUGAACAGUAAUUUUUUCACUAAGUUGUUUGCCUUCCAAAGUGUUUACACCUUAAGCCUUAACAUAUAUCUUCACUCAGAAGAGUUAUAUUGUCAUAUCAUAAUAGAAAAUCUUUAUUUGGAAUAUACACUACUGUAAGUUUGUACAGAUUGUAUACCUAAGACCUGUCUUUGUUUAAGAAAGCCUUGAUUACAUAAAUCAUAUUUAGAAAAAACAUUUUAGUUCAGAAUUUAUAUCUGAACAUUGUUUGUAUGUUAUGAAAAUUUUUUAAUUACAAAGACUAGGUGUAUGUUUUAUUUCUGUUUUUCUAAACAAUCUACAGUACUUAAUAGGUGUGCUAACAUUGUUUUGGGAGCGGAGUUAAAAAUUUCUGAUAGAUGUAUAGUUAUUUUAGUAAUUCUGUCUCAUGAGGUGUAAGCCUCCAUUAUGCUGGUUGUUUAAUAGACUUGCUGUAUAAGUAGAAAGAACAUAGUUCAAUAAGAUAUUUUGAUAUGUACAGGCAUUACUCCUAGUGAUAUUUGUUUCCUGUCUUGAUGCUCAUGCCACUUAAGUGCAGGCUGAGAUCUAGUCUCCUUGUAAGUAGGGCUAAAAAAAAUUAAGAUUGCCUUUUACUUUUGAAACAUUUAACACUUAGAUUCAAUGAAGUUGCUAUUUUGAGUUUGAUAUUGUGACAAUAAGUGGGAUUUGGAUUUCAUGUUUCUUAAUGUUCGUUCUUCACAAAUUAAGGAAUUAUGCAUCAUAAACAAGGAGCCUGAGUGAGCUGUACUGUGGGUGUACUGUCUUUGCACACAUAUAUUUAGGAAUAUUCUGAAUACAGGGCUUAUUCGCAAUUUGCUUACUAAUGUUUUUGUUCUACAAGGCCAGAUUUCUAUUCUUAAACCACAUGAUUGUUUAUAUGUGAAGCAUAUAUCUUGAUAUUGCCUUGUUUUUGUUGAUUUUGUUCAUGACAAGAAUUGUCAAUAUGAGAAUGUAUAUCUUUUAUGCAACCAACUUAAUAAAGAAGUUAAAAGGA